AUGAAUAACUCUACAGUGAACUUCACUACACCUGACACAUCUACAAACUCCACAACUCAUUCCAUUGGGCUUGUGGAAAGUCUUAACAUUUGCGCAUAUAGCAUCAAUUUCCUGUUUGGUCUUCCUACACACUCCUAUGUUACAUGGCUCAUCAUCACAGGAACAGGAAGUGGAGUUGCAUCAGAGUUCUUCAACCUCAAUCUCUCUGUUACUGAGAUUGGUAACUCUCUGAACUGCGUGUUCUUCUUACUUUCGAUUUGGUUUUCAAGUCUCUUGACAUUACAAAUGUUUUUAACAGGAUUCUCCAUCACGGCUCGUCCGCUGUUUCAGUGUCUGAUGUGUGUUGAGCGUUACCUGGCUGUGGUUCAUCCUGUAACCUUUCUGAAGUUAAAACCUCUCAGAUACAGAGUGAUCUGCUGCACUGUGAUCUGGAUAAUCACUCUUGGUUCUUGUUUGUGCUGUGUGUUUAUUUUAGUUUCAUUCAGCAUUAAUGCACAUGGGUGGUUCUUAAUGCUGCAGUUUGUACUCUAUCUCUUUAUUAAAAUGUUUUGUCUAGUGGCUGUUCUCAGAGCUCUGAAGCAAUCACGACCAGGAGAGAGAGGGAAAGAGAGAAAGGAGGAAAACCACAUGAAAAGAAGAGCUUUUUAUGUUAUUCUUAUAACUACUGUGAACACGGUUAUCCUGUAUGUGCCAAUUAUUUUUUCAGCACUAUUUAACAAUCUGACAAAACAAAAUAUUCAGGAAGUUUGGUUUCCAGGUAUGGUUUGUUAUGUGCUGGCUGGUUUUGUUCAGCCUGUUCUUUAUCUGCACCGGAAUGGAAAACUUUCCUGCCUCUGUUCAUCAUAA